AUGAAAGCAGAUCCCACAGCUGACGUACAGGGCAAGGAUUUUCCUGGGGAAUUCCCGUUCUGCCCACCAGCCAAGGGGAACGGUUCUGAUACUGUUGCAAUAGACUCCCUGUGCCUGUUCGUUGCGGUGGCCUUGUACUUGUUACGUACUCAGAUCUCAGGUGGAUUGGAUCCCACAGCUGACGUACAGGGCAAGGAUUUUCCUGGGGAAUUCCCGUUCUGCCCACCAGCCCAAGGGGACGGUUCUGAUACUGUUGCAAUAGACUCCCUGUGCCUGUUCGUUGCGGUGGCCUUGUACUUGUUACGUACUCAGAUCUCAGGUGUUUGGGUUCGUUCGCGCAAAAGUUUUCUCCUCAUUCAGAAAAAUGUUGCGUCUCUGUUUCUGAAGAUUUUUUAUUCUGUUUUAUUUCAUCAGCUGACUCGAGGGAAAAUGGUGACGACAGCAGUGCCCGAGGAGGAGGACGAGGACGACCAAGGAAGGCGCUCACGUUGCCUCGAAGAUUUCACUCAAGGGAGAGCCCCGAGUUACCCGGAAAGCGUUACCCAAGGGAGUGAACGAAGCUACCCGCGACAAACGACCGGAAUGAGGAAAUCAAGUUGCGUAGGACAACACAUCGCCCGAGAAAGCAACCCAAGCCCUUCCGAAUCUUUGGCCGGAGAGAGUAAGCGAAGUUAUCCCGGUAGCUUUACUCAGGAAAGUAAGCCUAGUUUCUCUCUCCAGGGAAGUGAACUAAAUUACCCCAGUUACUCUGAGAAUUUUGACCAAGAGGACAGCUCCAACGACAGGGUAAUGAGUAAGGAUGCCAUGGGUGACCCUGGUAGAAAAGGGUGUGAGAUCGCGUGCGUCCAGUGUUCCGUGUCGAAUCAACCUGAAGGAUAUUCGGCUUCCCUGGAGCGCUCCUGUGCACGACGCUGCCCCUGUGUGUGCCACGUGGCCGAAGUCCCUCCCAGUGACGCCAGAGACUCCCCAGAGGGCGCCCAAGGCAGCCCCAGAGGCCACGAAAUCAACCCUUCGGCCGUGGGACUCCCGGGGCCUCCGCCUUCGACUCGCGCCUUUGCGUUCGCGGAGCACGAGCCGUCCUCGUCCUGCCCUGCCUCCCUGAACUGGGCGCCCGAGCCCCCGGGGGACGCAGGGACGGGGAAGGACCUCACCCUCAGGGAAUACCUGGUGGAGCUCGAACGGAUUCGGAAUCCCCAGGACUCUGGCGGCGACGUGGAGAAGAGGAGUCGCCGAAGGAACUGCAUCAUUCUUAUAGUGUUUAUCAUUUGCAUAAACGUUACCAUCGGCCUUAUCCGGGGUCUGGGGGGGCUGCCGGGCGUGACGGACGAGUGACUCAUCGGCGUUGCUUAUGAGUCAGGACACUCACAACCACGGCGCUGAGCUAAUGGGGUGAAAUAACGAGAGCGGGGAAAGAAACGAAAGUAAAAAUUAAGAAAAUGAGACCGAUUACGUAACGCAAGCAAAAUAUGAGAACAAUACCCGAGCAUUUCUAUCGUUGAGAUGAAUUUGCCCCUAAAAAUAGAUCCUUAUGCACCCACUGGCAUCCGAAACCACACCUUACCAAACCCUUCUACAAAGAGGUGUUUUCUGUCACAAAUAACCAGGUGUUGGGACCGCAUUGCACGGAGCUCUGCAAACCUGUCGAGGGAAUUGCCAAAUACCACGACUUGCGGCCGAUUAGCGCGGACCAAAACACCCUUCGUUCUAACACACGCUUUUUUUUGCCGAGACGCGCAGCUAAACUAACAUCUUUGUACCUGUAUUAAUUCUU